AUGCUUAAGCCACGCGUGUGUGAACACCAGUCAAAUUUCCUAUUCUCCAACACAUGGCAAAAUAUUCUUCAAAAAAUUUGCAAAUGCCGCAUUGCUCUUGACCUGAAAUCAAAAGAGUACAUAAGAUCUUGGAAACAACUACAUUUGUACAAGCAAAACUAUGAUACUGAAGACAUCCAUGCCUUACUCAGCAUUCAUUGGAGCUUUCCAAUUUAUCCUGAGAGAGAGAGAAAAGACAUGGAAGAACAUAUAGUUGAAUCUGUCAAGAAGAUGUUAGUGUGGCUCCUAAUAACAUCCGUUUUCCAGUUCCACCACAACUAUAUAAGAGAAACUCAGCAGUUCCCCCACAACUAUAUAAGAGAAACUCAGGUGAACAGAAGCAACAAACAGCAGUUCGCCCUAACACUCCCAGGCACGGGGCUCGAGGUACACCAAGCUUCAGUGUUUUCCGGCGCCGGCGACGCGUUUUCUCGCCGGCGCGGGACUCUCUCGUCGACACCAACCUCUGCCUUCAUCUCACUGUUCGUUGUUCACUUCAAAAUCAUCUCACUGCUCGUUGUUCACUUCAAAGUUAAGAUGCUACGGAGUCGUAGCCUUCUGCAGAUCGGAGAAAAGGAUACCCGACGGAGCCUUUGCCGGAGAUAUGAGCUUUGGUUCUUUGUCUUCACUGUAGUCCUCCCGAUGGCUCUCCCUAACUGUCCGGUCUGCUCUCCAGCGGUGAGUCGAGAGGGUUCUCUUGCUACCGCGCUUCUUAAGUUCACGGGAAUGUUUCCCGACGAACUCCACCCUGGCUGUGCCGUCGACCUUACCCGCGCUCUUCAACCUCUCAUGGAGCGAAGAUCUCAACACUCAGACUCUUGCUUUCCAUCUCUGGGAAGUGAGACAGCAAAACUACCGCGUAUCGUUCCUUUCCACUCAUAUGGCGCCAGAGUACAAGGCAACUCAAGCCCAGAUCCGAAUCUCAUCGGAAGAUCUUCACUUUCCCCGCCUCCUAGUGAGCUGCCAUUACCUCUUGUGUGUGCCUUCCUCAACGGUCGAUCUGCGUAUCUCCGCCAAACGUCUCUUUCUACAUCUGUUUUCGAUGGUCACUCAGCUUGCUUCCGUGAGCUCGUCUCUCCGCCGACCUAA